UCCUCCCAGUCUGUGGUGCCUGCAGCCCAGUCCCACACUUUGGAAGCAUGUCUGUCCAAGAACACAUUCUACGCCAGCAGCUCUGGCCAUGGAUCUCUAGGUCCCAGAAAGACUUAGCAAAGUCUGCCCUAAGUGGGGCUCCAGGAGGGCCUGCAGGAUACCUUCGACGUGCUAGUGUGGCCCAACUGACCCAGGAGCUGGGCACUGCCUUCUUCCAGCAACAGCAACUGCCUGCAGCUAUGGCGGAUACCUUCCUAGAACACCUCUGUCUUCUGGACAUCGACUCAGAGCCUGUGGCUGCUCGUAGCACCAGCAUCAUAGCCACCAUUGGGCCAGCAUCUCGCUCUGUGGAACGCCUCAAGGAGAUGAUCAAGGCUGGGAUGAACAUUGCACGACUGAACUUCUCCCAUGGCUCCCAUGAGUACCAUGCGGAAUCCAUCGCCAACAUCCGAGAGGCAGCUGAGAGCUUUGCAACCUCCCCACUCAGUUACAGGCCUGUGGCCAUUGCCCUAGACACCAAGGGACCCGAGAUACGCACCGGCAUCCUGCAGGGGGGCCCAGAGUCGGAGGUGGAGAUUGUGAAGGGCUCACAAGUGCUGGUGACUGUGGACCCGGAGUUCCGGACACGGGGCGACGCAAACACAGUGUGGGUGGACUACCCCAAUAUAGCCCGGGUCCUUGCAGUGGGGAGCCGCAUCUACAUUGACGACGGGCUCAUCUCUUUAGUGGUGCAGAAAAUCGGUCCAGAGGGGCUGGUGACUGAAGUGGAACACGGCGGUGUCCUGGGUAGCAGGAAGGGUGUGAACUUGCCAAACGCUGAGGUGGACCUGCCUGGGCUGUCUGAGCAAGAUCUCUUGGAUUUGCGCUUCGGGGUAGAGCAUAAUGUGGACAUCAUCUUUGCCUCCUUUGUACGGAAAGCCAGCGAUGUGGCUGCAGUCCGGGAUGCCCUGGGGCCCGAAGGAAGGGGCAUCAAAAUUAUCAGCAAAAUCGAGAACCAUGAAGGCGUGAAAAAGUUUGAUGAAAUUCUAGAGGUGAGCGAUGGCAUCAUGGUAGCACGGGGUGACCUGGGCAUUGAGAUCCCAGCCGAGAAGGUUUUCUUGGCUCAGAAGAUGAUGAUUGGGCGCUGCAACUUAGCCGGCAAGCCAGUCGUUUGUGCCACUCAGAUGCUGGAGAGCAUGAUCACUAAAGCUCGACCAACUCGGGCAGAGACAAGCGAUGUGGCCAAUGCUGUGCUGGAUGGGGCCGACUGUAUCAUGUUGUCUGGAGAGACGGCCAAGGGCAGCUUUCCUGUGGAGGCUGUGAAGAUGCAACAUGCGAUUGCCCGGGAGGCAGAGGCUGCUGUGUACCACCGCCAGUUGUUUGAAGAGCUACGACGGGCAGCGCCACUGAGCCGUGACCCCACUGAGGUCACAGCUAUUGGAGCCGUGGAGGCCGCCUUCAAGUGCUGUGCUGCGGCCAUCAUUGUGCUAACCACAACUGGCCGCUCAGCCCAGCUUCUAUCUCGGUACCGACCUCGGGCAGCUGUCAUUGCUGUGACUCGUUCUGCCCAGGCUGCCCGACAGGUCCACCUGUCCCGAGGAGUCUUCCCCUUACUCUACCGUGAGCCACCAGAGGCCGUCUGGGCAGAUGAUGUGGAUCGAAGGGUUCAAUUUGGCAUUGAAAGUGGUAAGCUCCGUGGCUUCCUCCGCACAGGUGACCUGGUGAUUGUGGUGACGGGCUGGCGACCCGGUUCUGGCUAUACCAACAUUAUGCGGGUGCUGAGCAUACCCUGAAAUGCCUCUCCCCAUUCUGACCUAGUUGCAGCCCAUCUCUUCCAACCCACACCCCUCCCGCAGCCCCACA